UCAAGGACACCGUGACAUUGAGAAGCUGUGUUCCUAGAAUUAUAAUAGCAUAGACAUGAAAGAAAAACAAUAUUUUGUUGGGUGCAUAAAACGUAAAACUAUAUCUAUGCGCUUAAAAAUGUACUUGUGCUCAAUUACCGUAAGUUUGCAUGUGUGUGAUUGAUAAAGCAUUUGUUAAAGGAUAAUAUAAAGUUUUGAUAAAAGAGGAUUCCUGGAGUUUAAAAUUGAAAUGCACAGUGUUUUCCAAACCCUGGAAAAAAGAGAAAGUUAUUACGCUAAAAUAGCAGCAGCUAAAUUGAUUAUUGAUCGUGUUAUUACAAUGCCAUAACGGAUGGCUUUGUAUUAAUUAUUUAUACAUUGUAUUUUAAAAUAAAGUCUAACGAUCAGCGCAACAGUUUCACUAUUAUCACCAUAUAAGAUGUGUAAUAUCUUGAAAAUGUAAGUGGACAAGCAGACGAAGUGCUAAAUUUUUCAAUUGUUAAUGUUAUUUAUCAUUUAUUAAAGCCUACGGUUGUUUACCAAGUGCAGCUUUCUUUGUUUACUGGAUUAUUUAAAAAUAAUCACAACAAUUAAUCCAAUAUGGUUUCUUUUGGACUGUGUAUCUUAGAAACAAUAGCUGCAGUAGAAACUAUUUUUAGAUUAACACAACAGUAUGGACUAUUGAUGGACAAAAAUGUAACGCAGGUUGUGGAAAGCGAUGAUUGGCCAAUCAAUUUACCAAGGACAGCACCGAGUAUGCAUCACACGUCAAUUCAUCAUUACGCUAUUCAUGGGCUGUGUAGAAAUUUUGAAGGCAAAAAGAAGCUGUAUAAAGCCAUGAAGACCAAGUUAUGUCAAAUGAAAUUAUCUUUUAUAGCGGAGUUUGUUUUGGAUUUAUGUAGAGGGAAACAUGCUUUGUUGACAAAUUGGGUUGGAGAAUUAUUUGACAUUGAUGGGGACGGUUAUAUUACACAUUUCGAGAAACACUCAUUUGAUGAUGUCUAGUGGAUGCAUCGUUACUUAUUUUCGGAUCAUUCAAAGUUAAUGAACAAGAUAUUGUAAGAAAACAGUCGGAAAAAAGAGUGAAAGUGUUUUAGACUAAAUACUUGCUUUUGUAAAAAUUAAUGAUUUUAAGAUAUACUUGAACUAAAUCAUUCACUAUGUUGGCGAAACUCGUAUAUUGUAACUUAUAUACAAUGGUUUGUCAUGUGAUAAUGCUGGAAGGCAAAACAGGUUUGCUUUUCUCACAAUGUUGUUUCAUAGAUUUAUUAAUUCAUAUGUUAAUACAAUUUAAACAUUAUAUAUUAUGAGAGUUAUUGUUAAUCGAGUGUCAAUGAAUUAUAGAUAUACGACUCUUAAAUAUAAGUGGUUGAGUUAUGUGACGGAGUUCUCACAAAUUAAUGUUUUACUACCGAUUUAUUCGGAAGACGUAAUGCAAAAUGAAGAAACAUGUUCAGAAUUAAUCUGAAAAUUGAUAUUCAGUACAAUUUUCAGCCCAGUUGAGUUAAAAUUGUCUA